GGUGUUUGCGUGGUCCCGCCCCAGUUUCCUAGGUAACGCGGCCUUCCGCGUCUCCUGCUGCUGAGCUGGCUGCUGCGUGUAAUGCUGUGGAUAGGGCUAGGGCGGUGACUAGCGGCGAUCGUGGGUGCUCACCUUCGGACAGGUUCAGAAAGCCAAGAAGAUGGAGCGCGGUGCUGGGUUCCUGCUGAACGCCGGCAGCAGUGGAGGGACCCGGAAGCUCUAUCCGAACCGCGUGAGCCUCUGGCAGAGAAAAGAAGGCUCUAGAACAGUGUACGCCAGCGGGCUCCGGAACGGGGCCCAGAGCGGUGUCUGGGUCUUGGGUGAUACCAAACGAGGCGGAAAAGAUGUGGGUGUGUCUCCCGUCUUUGAGGCUCCUCAGAGUCCAAAGAGCUCCGAGACCUUGAUUCUGGAGCCUCCCAGAGGCAGUCGAGUGAUUGCCUUUCAAAGAGCAUCCGCCGGGUCUUUUGUGUGGUUAUGUACCUUCAGCUGACUGUACCGACACAUCCAUCACACAGGAGUCGUUUCCAUUUUAUUGAUUAGGAAUGUAAGGCUCAAGGAACUUGGGAUUACUGGCCAAGAUGGCAUAGUAAGUAGUGUUGUUAAGAUCUGAGUUCAGGGAGGGAUAUACCCUGGGAGCCCCGUGCACUAGGUGCUACACCCAAAUAGCUCUUUAAUAAAUUUCUUGGAUUUCAAAAAAA